CUAAGCUUACGUAAACAGACAGGUGACCAGGAGAACCAGUAGCCUAGUGAUAAUAAACCGGAGCAAUUUCUAGUAGGCGGUAUUUUGCGCCCUGUAACACGUCACGGGUGUAAUACACGUGUGGGGCGUGGAAUCGAGCGGAUGCCUAUAAGGAGCGAGGGCAGCAUUGUCUGACGGGCAUCACAGCUCUCUGUGAAAGUCGGAAGAGACACGCCGGCAGUUAAUGUGAAGUCCACAACCUGGAGAGGCGACCUACGUGAGCCGAGGAAGCUGCGAGCAUUCAGUACGAAGACGCUUCUCCACACACAUCUCCGCCUAUGGGGCGUGGAGAGAGACGGUUGUGCAUCUCUUUGCUUUUGGCGCGUUCGCGAACACUAGCGAUCCAGUGAUUUCCUGAUCAGUUCCAUGAUGUGGCCUUCUCAAGCAUGGCAAAAGUUGAGUGACACUAAUUGGUCAAACUUGACCCUUCAUCUUGAGACGUCCCUUACCAACGCACUGAAUCACUUCCUGGAUAACUGGAGGCGCAACGUGACAGCUGCAAGCAACUCUCUGGACAAGACUCUGGCUGAGGAGAACUUCAGGGACGUGAUCUGGUAUCUCGCCGUGAUGAUCGGCAUGUUUGCCUUCAUUAUUGUGGCCAUGCUGGUGAACACAGUCAAAUCUAAAAGGAGGGAGCACUCUAAUGACCCCUACCACCAAUACAUCAAGGAGGACUGGACUGCUCAAAAACAGCAGGGCGAUAUCAUAGCUAAUUUUGAGGCUAGAUAAUGAGGGCAGAAUGAGGUCACAGCAGAGAUUUGCUGUGAAGACCAGCAGAAAAAAAAGUCAUAUAAAAAAAGAACCAUCAUUAAUCA